UUGGCCACUACCAAUCCCUCUGUAAAAUAAUAUGAUGCAAUCCCGCACUCAAAAUCAGUGAAAUUAACAUGUUUUAUAGGAAUGUUCGAUAUGCAGCCGAGUUGACAAACAGUUGUAAGUCUGGAUUGCUGCAAAUAUAUUCCAGCCCGAACAGUUAUGCACGAGUCGGUUUCCGUCAUUCAAUUCACAGCGCACGAAGGAGCGGGCGACGGCCUAACUUCAAAAAUGAUCCUCUCGAAAACAUACAAAUAGAAUCAGGACCACUCCAUAUCAGCGCACUUUUUAGGCCAUUUGCAUUUACCAUAGGGGUUUCCGUUGCCAGUGUUACUGGCUGUGUCAUCUGGGAGUAUGAGAACUUGCGCCAGCAUGCUGCCAAGUAUCUGCGAAAGCCUGGUGCUUGGAUUAGUUCCCAACAGAGAAAAAUACUGGCACAAAGUAAAUCUGAACCAGGACCAAUUCGAAAAUGGUGGAAUUCUUUAGGUGAUAGUGAAAAAGUGUUUUAUCCUAUCCUUGGUGCAAAUCUACUUGUUUUUGGAGCGUGGCGGAUACGGCCUUUACAACCAACAAUGGUCAAGUACUUCUGUUCAAACCCAUCUGGUGGCAGUGUGUGCAUACCAAUGAUUUUGUCUACGUUCAGCCACUAUUCCACCUUACAUUUGGCUGCAAAUAUGUAUGUCCUUCAUAGUUUUAUGCCAGCUGCACUGGCGUCUUUAGGAAAGGAGCAAUUUGUUGCCAUGUACCUGACUGGUGGAGUGGUCAGUAGUUUCACCAGCAUCUUGUACAAGGUGGUUACCAAGCAGCCGGGCCUCAGUCUUGGUGCUUCAGGAGCAAUCAUGGCGGUGCUGGCAUACGUUUGCGUGCAGUAUCCUGAUACUAGGCUGAGCAUCAUCUUCUUGCCUAUGUACACAUUUGCAGCAGGCACCGCCAUAAAAGUAAUAAUGAGUGUAGACUUGGCGGGAGUUCUUAUGGGCUGGAAGGUGUUCGACCACGCUGCUCAUCUUGGCGGAGCCCUGUUCGGAAUGGCGUGGUGCCAAUGGGGCCACAGUUGCAUCUGGGGUAAUCGAGAUAAAUUCCUGCAGUAUUACCAUAGUCUCCGUAAAACUGAUGGCAGGUAGAACCACCUAUUAGAUAUUUAUCUAAGAAUUAUUUAAUAGACAAUAAAACAGAUGUUUAUGCAAAAA